CGGAAGGCGGGGGGGCGGCCCAAGAUGGCGGCGCCGGGCCGGGCCGGGGCCGCGCUGAGGGCUCUGCUCUGCGCUCUGCUCUGCCUGGCGCUGGCGGCCGCCGCCCGGGGCAGGCCGAGCCCCGUGAAGGUGCUGUCGGACGGGAUGUGGCGGGAGCUGCUGCAGGACGAGUGGAUGGUGGAGUUCUACGCGCCCUGGUGCCCCGCCUGCGAGAACCUGCAGCCCGAGUGGGAGAAGUUCGCCGAGUGGGGAGAGGACCUGGGCGUGAACGUGGCCAAAGUGGAUGUGACCGAGCAGCCGGGGUUAAGUGGACGAUUUAUCAUCACAGCCCUCCCUACCAUCUAUCACUGCAAAGAUGGAGAGUUCAGGAGAUACCAGGGAGCCAGGAAUAAAGCUGCCUUCAUUAACUUCAUCAGUGAUGAGGAGUGGAAAUCCAUUGAACCAGUGUCCUCCUGGUUUGGUCCUUCCUCUUUGCUGAUGAGCAGCAUGUCAGCCUUGUUCAAGCUGUCCAUGUGGAUCAGGCAUGGCCAUGGCUAUUUAACAGAAAAUCUUGGAAUACCAGUCUGGGGCUCCUAUGCUGUUUUUGGAUUGGCAACUCUGUUCUUAGGAAUGGUCCUGGGACUUAUGAUGGUGUUCCUGGCAGACUGCAUCUGUCCUUCCAAGAGGCACAGACCACCACAGCUCCAGCCUCAGCCAAGGAAACAAGGUCCAGAGUCAGCUCCUCUGCUGAAGAACAGGUAUGAAGAGCAAGAAGGAGAUGAGGGAGAUAUCUCAGAUGAGGAAACAGAGGGGAAGGAGGGGAGCAGGAGAGACUCAUCCCCGAGCGGUGUCCGGCAGCGCCCCGUGCCCAGGGCUGCUCCCCUGGAGAAAUCUUAGCUGCAUUUGCACCAGGAUUGGUGUUUGAGUCAGCCACUCAAAGGGAGAGCAAUGUCAAAUCCUCCAGCUUGAACAGAAGAAAUGACUCCUGGCUUGGUAAUGUUGCUGCAUUUCACGAAUUUGGAGGAGAUAAUAAUAAUAAAAAAUAAAAAAGCAUCAGGUAUUCCAAAGGAAAAGUUGCUGUUGCAAAUGGCUGGAACUUCUCCUGUCUGUGAGCAGAGAAGUGUCAAGGAAUAAUUGCUGUGGCUUCUGGAAUGAUUUGUUCCCCAGGGAUUAUUUGGAAGAGAAUGUAAACCAGAGUCAUUCCUGCAUUAGGGAGCAUUAGGAAGGAAAAUGCACUCACCUGGUUGUUGCUUAAACCUCCCAAAAGGGUUCCCUGCUCUUAUACUGUUUGUCAGUAUAAAUUUCUAGCUGUGCCCUGAAGAAAUGCUGAGGGGAAAAAGUUCCUUUAGUUAUGGAACUAAAAUUCCUUUAGUUGAGGCUUUUUAUGUGACAAAACCUGCUUUUUGCUAUGACAAUGAGUGCUACAAACCCCCCAACCUUUUUUCUUACAAAGACCUGAUGGAACUUAGCACAAGCACUCUGCAGUGGGAUCCUCUGGCUGACCAGAAACCUGCUGCUUGCAUCCAUUUCUUCCAGAAAAAGCUGUAGAAAACUCUGUGAGCUUCUUGGCAAAGUAGUUUUUCCUCUAGGAGCAAGUGACAAGCAGCACCCUGAAGUCUUGUCUGUGUCUGUGACUCCACGUGGCAAUAGUUUACACACAGGGUUUUCUGUGCAAAUCCUCUCCAUUCCUCCUCCUGGAUGCCAGCAGGGCUCUGCUUGUUUUUAAUCCAUCAUUUCUUACUCAAAUCUUGCUGCAAAUCCAUGCAGGCUCUACCUGGCCUGAAGUUAAAUAAAUCCUUUCUAUUUCUUUUUUUUUUUUUUUUCUUCUCCUGUUUUCACAAAAUCAUUUUGGAACAUUAAACCUAAAUUUUUUAUUAAAAAAAAAGGAAAAAAAAAGUAGUUUGCUCUUGUCUGUAUGGUGUUUGUUUCCACUGUGUAUAGAAAUAAAAAGAAUGCGCAUGCCCUUUGGACCAGUGUUGUAAAGAGUUUUCCAUAUACUUUUGAUUCAAUUCCAAAGUUUUUGCAAAGGAAGGAUGAGCCUCAUACUGAGCACAUUCAGAUUUUUUUGCCAAGCCUGCUUCUGAUUUUUUUUUGUUUGCUUGUUUAGCUUUAUGGGUUUUUAGCUUUUAUUUGUAGUUAUUUAGGGUUUUUUGUGUUUUUAUUUGUAGUUAUUUAGUGGGGUUUUUUAAAUUGUUCAUCUGACUUCUUCCCCUUUUUUUGUUUCUUUUCUCUACAUUGGUGCUCUGGAAUGACUUGACUUCAGUGCUGUGUGUUAGAAAGAUAAACUGAUGUUUGAAAGAGUCUUUUUGGCUAAAAUCUCUCCUUUUUUAAACCUAAAACCUUUCCUGGUGUUGGAAUGAAGACCACUGUGUGCCAGAAUUGCCCUUAAGGUGUUGGCUUUGUGGAAUUGCCUUAAAUUCUCUCCAAGUUCCCAUCUCUGAGCCUUUGUCACUCAUAAAUAAAGCAAUAAAUAAAUAAAUAAAUACUGAGGAGAAGUAGCAGCACUGUCUUGGAUCAGUGGUGGUUUUGCAGUUUGGAGGGGGCUUGAGGAGACAGAAACCUUGUAGCUGGUAGGAAAAAGUGUUGAAUUCUUUUAAAAGCUGAACUCUGCUCACUCCACUUGGGAUAUAUUUAAAUGUAGCUUUUCUAAGUGCAGAGGUUUUUAAUUUUUCAGUUACAACCAAACUUGGUGCAAUAUAGAGAAGACACCCUGCUGACUUGUGGCUAACUUCUCAUUUAAAAAAAAAAACACCCAGCCUUUCCUUUGUUGUGCUGGACUUGUUGGCUCCUGCUUGAACAAGAAUUUCCAGCAGGAAUUUACUUUUUUUUCCUCUGCCUGCUGCUCACUUCUCCCUGCCUUAGGCACAGAACCAAAUCCCAAACCUGCCCCGUGGGGGUGACUGGUCCCAGCUGUGCAGCUCCUGCUUGGAUUAUCCAUAGGCAGCCCCUGCUGAUCUCUGCUCAUCUCACCCUUCAGAUUUUGCAGAUUGUCCUGUGAAUAUUUAAGUUCCUUGAUUGAUUUUUUUUUUGUUUGUUUUAAAAAUCUCUGUUCCAAAGAUGUUUACUGAGGCUGAGUGGUGUAACCUGAGUGUAAAGAGCCUGUCCUUUGUGUGUUUUGAUGUUGCAAAUAUCGAUUUUGUAAAACCAGACUGCCCUUUCCAUAUCACCUGGACCAGGCCUGUUUCAUUCCAGAAAGAAUUAAUGACAAUAAUGUAACAAUAAUUUUGUUUUUCAGAGAGUCUGCAAGUAAAAAAUAACCACCAGCUUUGGA